AAGAUGUCAUUGAAAAUACAGACAAGUAACAUCACAAACAAGAAUGAUCCCAAGUCCAUCAACUCCAGGGUCUUCAUUGGGAACCUCAACACAGCAGUGGUCAAGAAGUCAGAUGUAGAAACCAUCUUCUCUAAAUAUGGCAGAGCGGUGGGCUGCUCUGUGCAUAAAGGCUAUGCAUUUGUACAAUAUUCAAAUGAAAGGCAUGCACGGGCUGCUGUCCUAGGGGAGAAUGGGAGAGUACUCGCCGGUCAGACUCUAGAUAUAAACAUGGCUGGAGAACCGAAGCCCAACAGACCAAAAGGACUAAAGAGAACAGCAUCUGCCUUGUACAGUGGCUAUGACUUUGACUAUGAUUACUACAGAGAUGACUUCUAUGACAGACUCUUUGAGUAUCGUGGAAGAGUCUCUCCCAUACCCAGGAUGGUUCCCGUGAAGCGGCCACGAGUCACCAUCCCUUUAGUACGACGUGUCAAAGCAACUAUCCCCGUCAAGCUCUUUGCCAGAUCUGCUGCUCUUGUGAAUAGCUCCGCCAAAUUAAAAUUGAAAUGCAGUGAACUGCAGACAAUUAAAACUGAGCUGACACAGAUCAAAUCCAACAUUGAUGCUCUCUUGGGCAGAUUGGAGCAGAUUGCUGAACAACAGAAAGCACCUACAGAAGUUAGAAAAAAGGCAGAUGGAAACAAAAGUGAAAUUUCUCAAGAAGACACAGCAUCAGAAGCAGAUGUGAAUACGGAAGAGCCGUUAAAUGGGGAAGAAGAAGAAGAGGAAGGCCUUGUGCAGGAUGAUUGUGACGAUGAAUUGGAGAAUAGCCAUUUCACAUAUGUGGAAGACUCCAGCCUACAGUAAUUAGGUUCUCUUCUUUGUACAAUAUUGUAAGAUGGUUUAUUCCUAGUUGCCAACUUCAAAAAUAGAUGGAGCAUUGUUUGCUUAGCAGGGUAAUCCAGUCUUUCAGACUCCAACUACUUGUCAGGAAAGGGUGAGAAUCACAUUUUCAUACAGGCCAAAUUCAGAGGAUUUUAUCCUACCCUUCUAAGGAUUUCUGCUGGAAGAUAUACAACCAGAUAUAAGGAUCUUCUCUUCUUCAGGACAUAUUAACAGAAGAUUGCAUCUCACAAAGCACAGUAAUUUACAACAAUUUCUUUGUUGAAAAUACAAGUUACAAAACAGGCAAGCAUUGUUUUUCUUUUUAUUUUCUUUAUCCUUUUGGCUCUUCUCUAUUAGCUUACCCUGCAAAGUUUGGUCACUUUCGUGUCCCUAGCUAUUUUCAAAAUGCUUCCUAGACUUUGUUUUGCUAUGAACAAACCGCAGGACUGAAGAAUAAAAGAAAUGGGGGAGGGGGAUUUGUACAUAAAAUACUGUAUAAUAAAAGGAAGAACUUGAUUCAUGAUUU